AGUCAGAGCACCGACACGCAACACACUCCAACACACACACAUAGACACACACACAUGCACAGUGUAGCGGACCGACAGUCAGGGGGACCCGACUAACGGAUCUGGACACACACACACGCCACACACACACACGCGCACACACACACGCGCAGCGUAAACGGACAUGAGACAGCGCGAGGAUCAGACAGUAACAGAGUAACGAGGAACGUGAGUAGCGGACAGUAACCGAGUAACAAACGGAUCUCUGCAGAUCUCUCUGCCCCACCAGCUGACGGACAUCGAGAGGAGGACGAGGAGGACGAGGAGAGGAACAACAGGAGGACGAGGAGAGGAGCGCAGGGGAGCCAGGAGGAGGUGAGGAGGAGAGAGGAAGCGGAGGAGAACCGGGGGGAAAAGGAGAAGGUCGCAGCCAUGGACAGAAUAGAAGAGAAGAGCAGCGUCAAGGGAGUCUCCUUUAGGAUGCGUAGGGAGAGCAGUGUGUGGCCGAUGUCGUGCCCAGAAGAGUUGCCCUCCGCUGGGGAGGUGGAGACGGAGCCCCCCCCCUCCAGGCACCGCUACCACCAGAGCCUGCAGACCAUGAAACCCAUACGCUUCAAAAAGGGGGGCCACCCUAUCGAUGACGCCGGUUUCUUCUCCUUCGCCUCGUUCACCUGGAUGACCUCCAUGAUGUGGGGCCUGUUCCGGAACAAACUGGACCUGGAAUCCCUCAACAUCUCACCGCACGACGGCUCCAGCGUCAACGGAGACAGGUUGGAGCGUAUGUGGGAUGAGGAGGUUAGCCGCGUGGGUAUUGAUCGCGCCUCGCUGGGCCGCGUGGUGAUGAGGUUCCAGAGGACUCGACUCCUCCUCGCCAUCAUCACAUCAUUUCUCCUCACGGUGGCGCUGUUCGUCGGACCGUCCGUACUAGUCCAUGAGAUCCUGAGCUACGUGGAGACGGGUGGCGAGGGUGUGACUGUAGUGCACGGCGUUGGCCUGUGUGUGGCGCUGUUCUCCUCUGAGUUCUGCAAGGCGUUCCUCAUCUCGCUGCUCUGGGCGCUGAACCUGCGGACGGCCAUUCGACUCAAGGGCUCAUUCAGCAUGCUGGCCUUCAAGAAGAUCAUCAGCAUCCGCGCCCUCACCACCGUGUCAGUAGGAGAGGUGAUUAACGUGCUAACAGCUGAUAGCUACAGGAUGUUUGAGGCCGGCAUCUACGGUUCCUUCCUGUUCUGCAUUCCGGCGCUACUGCUCAUGUGCAUCUCCUACGCCUGUUACAUACUGGGAUACACAGCUCUCAUUGGGGUCUCAGUUUACCUGGUCUUCAUACCUGUACAGUUCUGCUUUGCCAAGGUCAUCAACAUCAUCCGUCGUAAGGUCGUCGUGGUAACCGAUAGCCGCGUGCGGACGAUGAACGAGGUCAUGACCUGCAUCAAGCUGAUCAAGAUGUACGCCUGGGAGGAAUCAUUUGGGGACAAGAUCGCAGAUAUUCGUCAGCGUGAGAAGAUUCUUCUCCAGAAGGCCGGCUACAUCCAGAGCAUGAACGCGGCCAACACAGCCAUCAUCCCCACACUGGCCACCAUCCUCACAUUCAUCAUACACACACUACUGGGACUACCACUACAACCAUCCACGGCCUUCACCAUAAUAGCUAUCUUCAACUCCAUGCGUUUCUCGUUGGGGUUGCUGCCGUUCUGUGUCAAGUCUCUGGCGGAGGGAGUGGUCUCACUCGGACGACUCAAGCGCAUCAUGCUAUUGCGUAACCCAGAGUCCUACCUGCAGCAGGUGCAGGGGCUGGAGAGGGGGGGGCGGGGGGCCGCGCUCGUCAUGGAGGACGCCUCCCUCUCAUGGAAGCCCCCCACACACACCGCACACACACACACCGCCAACGGCACCGUGACAUCUAACGGCACACACAAGCCCACACACUCCUCGAAGGACACACACUCCUCUGACGACUCGAGCAAUGACAACACACACACAGCGGAGGACAAGCCCACACUCAGGAACCUCAGCUUCACACUGCACAAGGGGAGUCUGCUGGGUGUAUGUGGGAAUGUUGGAAGCGGCAAAACCUCCCUGAUAUGCAGCAUCCUGGAACAGAUGCACCUACGUAAGGGGAGUGUGUUUGCGGACGGCUCGUUGACCUACGUGUCUCAGCAGGCCUGGAUAUUCCACGGCACCGUCAGAGACAACAUACUGAUGGGGGAGGACUUCGACCAGGAGAGGUAUGAUGAGGUGAUCAGGGCGUGUUCUCUGAAGCCGGACUUGGCCAUACUGCCCUACGGAGACCAGACAGAGAUAGGAGAGCGUGGUUUGAACCUGUCUGGUGGCCAGAAGCAGCGCAUCAGCGUGGCACGAGCCGUGUACUCAGGCAGAGAUAUCUACCUGCUGGACGACCCGCUGUCCGCCGUCGACGCCCACGUGGGGAAACACAUCUUCCAGGAGUGUGUCAAGAAGAGCCUCAAGGGGAAAUCAGUCAUACUGGUCACACACCAGCUACAGUAUCUCGAGUUCUGUGAUGAAG